AUGACUGAAAAUCGUAUGAUGUUACAAGCUUUAUCUAAAGAUGAAUUAAUUCAUAUUAUUAUUAGACAAGAAGAAAUAAUUACAACAAAAAUUGAAGUCGAUGAAUGGGUAACUAAUAAAUCAACUACAGAAAUAAAUAUGGAUAUCGAAUCACCAUCGUCAUUAUCAUAUGAUUCGCCAACAAUGGAACAUAAUGAUUAA